AUGGAAGCUUUAAUACCGGAUAAUAAAUGGUCAAAAAUAAGACAUUCUAGGCAAAAAAGAAUUCUUUGUACUUUUUUAAAUAAUGAAAAUAUUAAAAAUAAAAUAAUUGUUGAUAAUUGUGAAAAUGAAAAAGAAUUGGAAGAAGAAUUUAAUUUAAAAGUUGUUGAAUGGAAAUUAAUUGAAAAUCAAAUGGAAAUAGUAAAAGAACAAGAAAUUCCACAAGAAUAUUGUUACAAAUACAACAAUAAUUCUCUAAUUGAUUUUCAUUUAUUACAAAAACUUCCAUAUGAACAAACAGAAAAUAAUGAAAAACAAGAAGAAUUAUUUACAAAUAAAUUAUUAGAAUUAAUUGAAGAAUUAGAAGAUUCUUCAUCAAAAGAAAAUGAGGAAAUGGCCAUAAAAAUAAUUUUAAAAGAAAUAAAUGAAUGGGCUAAAGAAUUUAAUUGUUUAUUAAAUAAAGAAUUUAUUUUGGGAGGUUCUCAUUUAUUGGGAGGGAAAAUAAAUAAAUCAGACAUUGAUUCUAUUUUGAUUAUUCAUGAGGAAAUUGGAGAUGAAAAUAAUAAUUUAAUUAAAUGUCCAAUAACUUCUUUUGAGUUUUUUGGGCCAGAAUUUGUUGAUUGCCAAAAUUUGGAAAAUGGAUGUGGUCAUUUAAAUAAAUCUCUUUAUUGCAGAUUUUGUGGAUAUUCUGAUGUAUAA